CUCUCUCAGCCAAUCGGACUACAGAGUUAUUGCGUGUUCAAGUAAUUAUCCCCAUUACGAAAAUUCUUUGAAAACACCAAAGGACGUGGAAAUAAAGAGAAUUUACGAAACUGAUUCAUUUGAAAAAACAUGAAUAGUCAAACCUCGAAAAGGGUAUACACAGAGUUGCCUGUGUGGAUUGUUGAAGACCACCACGAUGUGGUGCGUCACAUAUAUCGUGCAAUUGCUUCAAGGCAUGUUCCAAUGAAGAAUAUUAAAAUGGUCCAUUUGGAUUCUCACCCUGAUCUCCUAAUACCCGUUAACAUGCCCGCGGACACCGUGUUUGAUAAAGAAGCUCUUUUCAGUGAGCUGAGCAUUGAGAAUUGGGUCAUGCCCAUGGUUUAUGCUGGACACGUGUCCCAUGUGAUGUGGCUCCAUCCCUAUUGGGCCCAGCAGAUUAAAGAGGGGGAGCACAGCAUGUGUGUGGGCAGAGACUCCUCCACAACCACAAUCAGGGUUACAAGCAAGGAUGAUUACUUUCUUAGCGAUGGUCUCUACGUUCCUCCAGACCAGCUGGAAAACCCCAAACCCCUGCAGCUGAGCGUUGUCCAGGUGAACCCGGUGGAGCGUGAGUGCAUUCAGGGGGAAGAGACCCCUGUGUCAGUUGCAAAAAGGCCACGGGCGCAGGACACGGGGGCGGAGGGAGCUGCCGUUUCUGGGAGUGAUGUGUCACCCUACAAUGACAGACUCCAGCCACCAGGUGGCAGCGGAACCUCAGGAGGUGAUGACAAAAAUGCAGCAACUCCACGGACCGAUAGUCCUCAGUGUGGGAAAGAUGGGACUGGCUCAACUGCUAAAGCUGUGGCCAGCCUCAGUUCUGCUAUAGGGCAAGAUGGUUCCUUCAUCCUGGACAUCGACCUGGAUUUCUUCUCUUGUAAAAACCCAUUCAAAGAGAUGUACACACAGGAGGAGUAUGCCAUUCUGCAGGGCUUGUACAGUUUCCAGAAGCCCAGUGAAAACGCAGAUGAGGACGAGGUGCUGGACUGUGUGGAGCGGCGCGUUCGGCAGCUGGAGGAUCUGGAAACCGUGUUUGCCGACCUGGUCGAAGACGACGGUGAAGAAACGGUCCAGCGGUGGGCAGCCAACCCAGGGAUGAAGUCUGUCGUGAGGCUCGUGCAAAGCCUGCGGAAUCGCAUGGAGUCUCCCGACUAUGAAAUGGUACACCAAGCCGGCCUCACCUGUGACUACUCCGAGCUGCCCCACCACGUCAGCACUGAGGAAGAGAUCCAGAGGCUGGCACAGGCCGUCAGGCUCAUCCUGCGGGCACUGCCCAAGCCCACGCUGGUCACCAUGUCCAGAUCCAGUUUGGAUGAGUACUGCCCUGUCGAUCAAGUGGACUCUAUUCAAGAGCGAGUCCUGGCCAUCUUGGAGUCGCUGUACGGGCCGCUAGCAGUUCACAGAGAGUACGCUACCACGGCGGACUCCCCUGCCACGUCCUCCUGAGGAGAAGCAGCCGCCUGCCCGAGGGAGUGCGCAGCGCGUCUUUAAAACAUGAGCCGCGUUUAAAAUAGAAAUGGACUAGACUCUCAUUUCAGCCUUUCGGUUUGCAGGGGUGCAGCAGCGUGUAGUGCCAACAUGUUUGAGUGACUUAGCAUUGUCUCGACUAAAAUCUGUGAAUCUUCAUCAAAAUGUGAAAUGCAAAUAAUUUAAAGGGGUAGGCGUGUAUGGCGGUCUCGCUGUGGAGUCGGACCUGUGCCGGUGCCGGCCGGCGGGGUUGGAGCACAGUUGACUUUGCAUCGGCCAGGGAUACGGCAGCGUUUAUUGUUCAUGUGACCCCGGUUCCCUCUGUCUGUUCACUUGUAUGACUGGGUCUCCUCCACCCCAAGCUUGCGGCUGCAGUGUGUAAAGAAGCAGUUGGCUGGCAGGCACGUGUUCCAGCAGAAAACCGUGGGUUGUCUUCACUCUCCCGAGCCAGCUGCAGGGGCUGUAUAUACACUGAAAUGUGGGUGAGAUUUGAGAUGCCAAACGCUUUAUAAAAUAAAAGGGAUAGGCUUACAUUUGGCUUAUAUGUCAGAAUGUGCUGUGCACAAUGAAGAACAGUUAAGAUUGCUUUCACGUAGUUCACAUUUUGCGCGUGUUGUAAAAGCCAUAAUGUAACAUGACUUGUGUAAGCUCUGUACAAAAUGUGUAUAUGUGAAGUUAACAGCAAAAUUGUUAUGAUGUAUUUUGACCUAUGCUGGAAAUAUAUUCCAAUAUAAUUUA